AUGGCUGCUGAAAAUGUCCUUGGGGUCCAGGUGGGCCUUCCUGGCCCACCAGGCCAACAAGGGCCACCAGAAAUACAAGGACAACCAGGUCCACAAGGGCCACCAGGUCAACAAGGACCACCGGGCCAGCCAGGACAAGACGGCCAACCGGGGCAGGAUGGCCAACCAGGACCACCGGGUGCUCCAGGGCAAGAUGGUCAGCAAGGACCUUCAGGCAACCAAAGACCACAGCCUGGUCCCAGAGGAAUCGAUCCAGUAGAUUUUCGGACUUUCUCAACAGCAAUGGCUAAAGGCAUGACGAAUAUGACUGCAAUUCAUCAUGCAAGAGAUAUUCCAGUAUUCAGCGGGGAUCUUAAAAGUGAUUUCACAUUCGAAGAAUGGUUAAAAAGAGCAAACAAAAUCGCUAAAGAAGCAAGCUGGCCGAAUGAACAACAAUUAAAGAAUUAUCAGGACAGAUUAACCGGAGCUGCUGAGUCAUAUAAUGAUUCCUUUACGGCCACUGAAAAAGCUUCGCUCACCGCAUGGACAAAUGCUAUGGACACAGGAUUCAACGACGACAGGACACGCUACCUGAAGAAGACACAGCUCAACCAAGUAGAGCAGAAAGUGAAUGAACGUAUUCGAGAAUAUAAAAUACGAAUAGACGAGCUUUAUCAAUCAGCAUACGGGCGGACAAUAGAUGGAAGUCAAGAACCCGAGGUAACUUAG